UUUUGUUUUAAAGCCAAAUCCAAUCCCAAUAACUUUUGAUAAAUUAAAAAGUCGUGAAACUUCAACAGAAAAUGAAGGAAAGUUUAACAAUCGUUAUCACAAAUAUUUAUUAGUUGACAGACUUUUGUGUGUUGGUAUAGCUAAAUCUAUGCCUGUUUUUGAAAAAUUGACUUUAUCUGAUCAGAUUGCACAUCUAAGGCAGAUUUGUCGUUUGUUUACUUCAUUUACAAACACCUACCUAGCUUGGGAAUUAGGUUCUGAAACUUGGACACGUAAAGAUUUUGUUAUGCCGGCUCUUGGUUUUAAGAAUAAUAGUGAAUAUGCACAUGAUGAAGAGUAA